AAGAGGACAGUAAGAUCCUUUUAACUUUUUUUGGAUUUCCAACAAACUCAGUUUUACGAGAAAAGUGGAUAGAAGCCCUUAUUAGUUCUGGUCAUAGUCAAGAACAUAUAGCAAGAAUUUCAAAAUGUAGCCGAAUAUGUAGCCUACAUUUUUCUAAAGAUUGCAUUGAAACUAUUGGUUUUUCAUGUGGUCGAUUGAAACCAAACUCUGUGCCAACAAUAUUUCCAAAUGCACCAGAAGAAAAUAAAACUGAAAUUAAGAAUGCUGGAUCAUCAAAUAUAUCACCUGUGGAAAUAAAAACUUUUAAGUAUAAAACUGAGAUUUGUCAAACUCCUUCCAAAAAACACACAUCUGUCGAAACAAAGUCUGUUGCUGAAUAUGAAGAUAAAGUUCAAACUCCUAAAAAGCAAACAUCUAUGAAAACAGAAACUAUUGAUCAGUGUGAAGAUGAGAUUUGUCAAACUCCUCCCAAAAAACACACAUCUGUCGAAACAAAGUCUGUUGUUGAAUAUGAAGAUAAAGUUCAAACUCCUAAAAAGCAAACAUCUAUGAAAACAGAAACUAUUGAUCAGUAUGAAGAUGAAAUUUGUCAAACUCCUUCUAAAGAACAAUCAUCCAUGGAAAUAGAAACUGUUGUUCAGAAUGAAGAUGAGAUUUAUCAUAUAUCUUCUAAAAAGCAAACAUCUAUGGAAAUAGAAACUGUUGCUGAGCAUAAAAAUAAGGUUUCUCAAGCUACUAAAAAGCAAACAUCUAUGGAAAUGAAAACUGUUCAGAGUGAAGAUGAGAUUUAUCAAGGUGUUUCUAAAAAGCGAAUUUAUUAUGCAGGUGAUAUUAAUCUUAGAAACGUUGAAAACAUGACACCAAAAAUGUUAGUAAAAUCACUGAAUAUAUUGAAGAAGUCCUGUGAAAAGAAAGACAAGAUAAUUAAUCGAUUGAGAGCACAGCACUGUUGUCAAAAGAAGAAGAUUGAGAGUUUAGAGGCUUUAUUGUCGAAAUUUCGUGAAAAGAAUAUCCGUUCUCAGAUUUCAUAGACAUUUGUACAAGUAAAAAGAAAAGUGGAAACACAAAAUUUUUCUACUCUAUGUGAUAAUCUGGAAAAGUUUAUUAUGUAAAGCAGAGCCUUCCAACUGAUUAUGCAUAAAAAUCUUAUAGCGUAAACCGUACGCCAUGCGUGAGUUGGAAGAGUCUGAUAUAAAGAAAUAUUUGACAAGUCGUUGCAUUUUAAAAACGUAUUUCAUAACAUCUGCUAAUGCUGUAUCUAUUGUACACAUAUCUCAUAAAUAUUAAAUGUAUUUUAUGCUAAUGAUAAUAAAAUUAAGUAUGCUAAAGUUA